AUGUCAAAAAGGUCUAUUGAUAUUGAUGAGCAAGAGAGAGUUGUCUCCGCUAAGACUGAUUCUCAUUCAGUCCCUGCUGUUGCUCCAUCAGGAGAGCAAGAUGCUCCCAUGGACGAGCUGGAAGAACAAUUGAGUGAUGAGUUCGAUAGUGAUGGUGAGAUCAUUGAAAUUGAUGGAGAUGAUGAAAUCAAUGACGAAGACGACCUCAAAAAAAGGCAAGAACAAGCUGAAACUUUAGUGCAGAAAGACCAAUCUGAAGGCAACGAAGAGAAGAUCCAAGAACUAUACUUGCCCCACAAGUCUCGCCCCCUAGGUCCGGAUGAAGUUCUCGAGGCCGAUCCUACUGUUUAUGAAAUGCUACAUAAUGUUAACAUGCCAUGGCCAUGUUUGACAUUGGAUGUAAUUCCGGAUACGUUAGGUACUGAACGUAGAAACUAUCCGCAGUCUAUUUUAUUAACUACAGCGACUCAAUCAUCGAGAAAAAAGGAAAACGAACUGAUGGUUUUAGCUCUUUCCAACUUAACAAAAACUCUUUUAAAAGAUGAUAAUGAAGAAGAAGAUGAUGAAGAAGGAGAAGACGAAGAAGACGUGGAUCCAAUAAUUGAGAAUGAAAACAUACCAUUAAGAGAUACAACUAAUAGACUAAAAGUUUCUCCGUUUGCCGCUUCUAAUCAAGAGGUAUUAACUGCCACAAUGAGUGAAAAUGGAGAUGUUUAUAUAUAUGAUUUAGCCGCACAAAGUAAAGCUUUCUCUACACCAGGUUAUCAAAUCCCAAAGUCCGCUAAAAGACCUAUUCAUACUGUCAAAAAUCAUGGGAAUGUUGAAGGCUAUGGGUUAGACUGGUCACCAUUGAUCAAGACUGGCGCUUUAUUAUCAGGUGAUUGCUCAGGUCAAAUUUAUCUCACACAAAGACACACUUCCAGAUGGGUGACUGAUAAACAACCAUUUACCGUUUCGAACAAUGAAUCUAUAGAAGACAUUCAGUGGUCUCGGACAGAAUCCACCGUUUUUGCGACAGCUGCUUGUGACGGAUAUAUAAGGAUUUGGGACACAAGAUCAAAGAAACAUAAGCCAGCCAUCUCUGUCAAAGCCUCUAAUACCGAUGUAAAUGUUAUAAGUUGGAGUGACAAAAUUGGCUAUUUGCUUGCAAGCGGUGAUGAUAAUGGUACUUGGGGAGUCUGGGAUUUGAGACAGUUUACACCAAGCAAUGCCGACACCGUUCAACCAGUCGCUCAGUAUGACUUCCAUAAGGGUGCCAUUACUUCUAUUGCAUUUAACCCAUUGGAUGAAUCUAUUGUUGCGGUGGGUUCAGAAGAUAACACCGUAACCUUGUGGGAUUUAUCCGUAGAAGCUGAUGAUGAAGAAAUUAAGCAACAGGCGGCUGAAACAAAGGAGCUACAAGACAUCCCACCCCAGUUAUUAUUUGUUCACUGGCAAAGGGAAGUUAAGGAUGUUAAAUGGCACAAGCAAAUUCCAGGUUGUUUGGUAAGUACCGGUACUGACGGCUUAAACGUCUGGAAAACAAUCAGUGUUUAA